AUGCAUGGCACUGGGUCAAGGGUAGGGAAACCUCCAACACAUGUUACGGCUUCAUAUAGUCUGAAAGCAGGUGAUACAUACGCUGCUAGUCUGUCGCAUCUUCGGGUGUGGCGACACAGAGCAGAUGGAGGCGACAUUCUCUGUACAGAAGGCAACGCCACAGCUAUCACUUUCUUUGUUGCCUCUUCGAAUUUCGCAGACGAUGACAACAACAACACUAGAAUUUCUUCGUCUUCAGCUUCAGCAUCUUCACAACAUCACCAAACAACACAUGAUACUGCUAAUAGUGGAGGAAACGACAGAUACCAUUCUCUCACCAGACUUUUGCCCCCGAAGCCAGAGUUUCAGUCAACUCCACAACUCAGAUACUGUAGAUACUUACCUCAACUACAUAUCUUAGUUUCGAUCAACUCUACAACUCAUUUACCAUCAACUCCAUAA